AUGCGUAUGUUCCUAGCCGCCAUCUUAGUGCUGUCCGCCAUGUUGUCGUGCGCGGCGCAGGCGCAGUACCCGCGCCCCCGCCGCCCCGAACGCUUCGAUACUGCCGAACAAAUAUCCAACUAUUUGAAGGAACUGCAGGAAUAUUACUCUGUUCAUGGAAGGGGACGAUAUGGCAAGAGACAAAUGCAUAUAGCCGACGCGUCUGUUAUCUUCAGAGAGAGCCCAUUCUUCGAACACAGCAUUAACGAGGAACCCGCAUUCAAAAAUCUUGGUUAUAACUUGAGAUCUAAUCAUCAUGGAUUUGCGAGACCUGGUAUCGCCGCUAUUGAACAGUAUUUUCUUGUGUAUUUAUUACGAGUUGAGAACAAAUUAAAGAUAAUGGCACCAGUGAAAUUUGGACUGUUCAAAGCUCGUAGCAGAGAUUACCAGGAACAACCUUCGACAGAAAACCUGCUACACAGCAGCAAUAGCAGUGACAACGUGGCUACCCCACCAUCGCCAAUACCUUCAACGAGCAAGGAGAUACCACAAACAGAAGAUGAGCCUUUCGCAGACAUGGCAGUUCUACAGCUGUACAGUGACGACGACGAUAAUAUUUCACAACACGCAACUCCAACACGCCGUCUCAGCGAAUGCAGCAGAGUUGAAGAUGCACUGAUAAACUACCAACCCCUACAAAACCAAACGUCGACAGACGCAACCUCACUUUCAACCCUCAUCUCAGACCCAGAAGACCACACAGUUACAGAAGAUCACGACGACGGAGCUACUUCGUGUGAUGCAAUGUCCUUACAGUUCGAUGAAACGUCUAUCGCACCGAGCGAAGACCUAUCCGUCUACUGCGGAACCCUCAAGAAGAAUAAGAGAACUAGAAAAGAAGAGAAGCAGUUGAGGGACUUGGAUAUGUGGCAAGCGAGUAAUAUGGAAGUAAUGCAGCAUCUUCUGAGCAGAAGUGGCACACUAGAUGAGCAGAUAAAAUGGGAGGCCAUAGCCACAGCUAGGGGCCUUUGCACCCUCAAAGACAGCUGUACCUGCGAUGAUUGUACCAGGGCGAAGUACCUUUGUGGAGUCACUGACGGUGAUGGGGGUUUGGGAGCGGCGCCUCUCUUCAGCGCAAUCAGUGUAGGAUGUCAGGUGCAGUGA